AUGUCGUCUCCCAUACAGCCACCACCGCCUAAUAUAAGGCGUCCACCAAACUCUUCACCGUUAUCACAACCACCAAUGUCGUCCACCGGUCCACCACCAGUCGCUUCACCAUUUUCACAACAACUUCCACCUCCACAGCCAAGUACACCAGUGAGUGGUCCACCAAAACCUUCGUCAGCGACAUCACGCCCUUUACCACCUCCAAACUUGGGCGAGAUUUCAUAUCAACCACCUUCCAUUUCUUCCCCUGGCACGAUGAGCACGUCGGCAUCACCAUACGCUAAUAUUCCGCAACAGUCCUCACAAGCGAUGCCCAACUUGCCUUCACCAAGUACGUUGACAAGUCCUUCCAAUAGCCAUCGACCCAGCAUUACAAGUGGUAGCAAACCAUCAUUACCACCUAUCUCUCCUACGCGUGGACCACCCAUGCCAUUGUUAUCCUCACCCUUUGGAGACAACAAUCCUUCUUCUCGUGGCCAGGCAGGAACUCCCCCACCUCCCCCGCUUUCAACAAAUCAAUCAUCUUCUUCAAGAUCGGCAUCACAAUCACAACCACAACCACCGCAACCGUCACAACAUCAUAAUCCAGUUACCAACACUUCCAAUGCUGACAUGACGACUGCAUCCAAAACCCCUGCCAUCUAUGCAAAUAGCAACACUGGUAGCGGCAGUGCCAGCGGCAAUUUUAGACCUCUCAAUGUCCGCGACGCGUUGACUUACCUCGAUCAAGUCAAGGUCCAAUUCUCAUCACGUCCUGAUGUAUACAAUCAAUUCUUGGAUAUUAUGAAGGAUUUCAAGAGUCAAGGACUCGAUACGCCUGGUGUGAUUGAACGUGUAUCCAUUCUCUUCCAUGGCCACCCUGAUCUUAUAUCUGGUUUCAAUACUUUUCUACCUCCUGGUUAUCGUAUCGACUUUUCAACAGAUCCCAAUGAACCGGAUAUCAUCAAGGUCACCACACCUACUGGUCUUACUCUGAAAUCAUCCACAAGACCUCCAAUGAGCACGAGUGGUGGUAGUGGCAGUGCAGGACAUCAUCCACCAACAAGCAUGGCGAGUGGGCCAAGAGGGAUAUUAUUACGUGAGCAAGACAAUGCAAUGAUCCCACAUAAUAUGGGUGGUAUACCACCAGGUGCUCCUCCUCCACAUCCAUCACAUCCAUCACAUCCACCACCACCACCUCAUGCGGCUGCUGCUCCAGGAUAUCAAACUCCUUAUGGUCAUAUGCCACCUCCACAUCCACCAUCAUUACCUCAUCCAUCCACAUCAGCACCUCUUGCUCCACCACAUCCACCACCACCCCCUCAUUCAAUGCCACCUCAUAUGCCACCACCACCACCACCUCCAAUGCAUGCUGCUGCUCCACCUCCACCUCCUCAUGGUAGCUAUAUUCCUGGUCCAAAUGCACCUUCUAGAAGACCUCCUUCUUUACCAGCCCAUGAUGUCCAAGAUCAAGCAGUCAACGGCAAUGGAAAUACACGACGUGCUCCUGUAGAGUUCAAUCAUGCAAUCGAUUAUGUCAACAAGAUCAAGAAUCGAUUUGCCAAUGAUCCAGAGACAUACAAGCAAUUCCUGGAGAUACUACAGACAUAUCAAAAGGAGAGAAAACCUAUUCAAGAGGUUUAUGGUCAUGUGUCUUAUUUAUUUAAUGGUGCACCUGAUUUGCUGCACGAAUUCAAGCAAUUUCUACCGGAAAUCACUGGUCAACCCGUACCCGAUUUCGUGGAUGACUUUGACAUGAGCUUCCCGCCUGGCAAACGGAUGCCUGGAAUGUCUCCUCCAACUGGAUUUAUGCCACCUGGAAAACGAAAACGCAUGGCGCGUACAAAGGAUGCCAAGUUGGAUGAGGAGAUGAUUGAUGGUUACCCGGCAUCUUCUUAUUUCGAUCCAGCACGACCUACGAUCUCAUCCGAGGAAGUGGAACUAUUUGAGCAGAUUCGCAAGCAUAUCGGCAACAAGCCAUCCUAUGAGGAAUUCUUAAAGACGCUCAAUUUGUUUACCCAGCAAAUCAUUGACGCCGACAUUUUGAUGAAACAAGUGGAAGGCUUUAUUGGCAGUGAUCGGGAUUUGUUUGAAUGGUUCAAGACAGUGGUGGCGAUUGAUCUCAAAGACCGUGCUAUCGAACGACCUGCCAACAUCAUUGCAAAGCCCGAUUUGAAUCAUUGCAAGACCGUAGAUACAAGUCCAAGUUAUCGUCUGGUCUCCAAAGAUUGGCAAAAUCAACCAUGCUCUGGACGUGAUCAAUUAUGCUGGGAAGUGCUCAAUGAUGAAUACGUAUCCCAUCCUAUCUGGGCAAGUGAGGACAGUGGAUUUGUUGCAUCAAAGAAAAAUCAAUAUGAGGAAGCCAUGCAUCGUUGUGAGGAAGAAAGAUAUGAUUAUGAUCUCAACAUUGAUGCAAAUCUCAACACCAUUGCUCUCCUCGAACCCAUCGCCAAAAAGAUUGAUGCCAUGACACCCGAAGAGAAGAAUGCAUUACGACUUUCACCUGGUCUUGGUGGACAAUCGGUUACGAUUUAUGAACGCAUCAUCAAAAAGGUGUAUGAUGAGGAGCGUGGAAAAGAGAUUGUGGAGAUGCUAUACAACAAUCCAGCACGCGUGGUGCCUAUUCUCUUGAAGCGAUUGAAACACAAAGAUGAGGAAUGGCGUAAAGCACAGCAUGAAUGGAACAAGACAUGGAGAGAAGCAGAUGCCAAAAACUUUUACCGUUCCCUUGACUAUCAAGGUUUGACAUUCAAGAGCAAUGAUCGGAAGGCAAUGGCUGGCAAAUCAUUGGUGGCCGAGAUUGAAACGUUGCAUGAUGAUGCAAGAUCGGGUGAAAAGAGCAAAUCCAAGGUUGCAUACCCGCUUUUUUUCUCAUUUGAAGACCAAGGCGUAUUCAAGGAUGUUACACGUGUCAUCUUUUCGUACAUUGAGAAGCAAAAUGGAUUCAGCAGCAAUGACAGAAGCAAGAUUCGCACCUUUGUACGCAUCUUCAUCUCGCUCUUUUUCCAUGUCGAUGAUGUUGUACCUGAAGGAAUGCAAAUUGAAUCGGAUGAAGGAGAGGAAGCAACAACGGAUGAAGAGGAUGAGAAUCAAUCCGUCAACACUGAAGACUCUGAAGCUGAGACUGCACAAUCAUCACGUGAUCGAAGUCGUUCACCAUCCAUGGGUGCUGCUCCUCGAAGACGCAAUGGUCGAUCACGUGGCGACGAGGCUGAUGCAACAAGCGAUUUGUUACGUGAUGUGUUGACAAGGAAUAGCAAAAGCACUUCUGCUGAUGACAAUGAUACGGUCAACAGUGCCGAUACACCUUCAGCAUCUCGCGAUUUUUCAAUUACGCCUGCACCUGAUGAUGAGGAUGAGGAUAGCGAAGAUCAACGUGCCCCACAAAUGGAACCUAAAGAUGAGGAUAAAGCUAUCAAGACCGAGGAAACGUCCGGUGAUGAACGAUCCAUACCCGAUACGACGAUGGAAGAAGCAGGCAACUCCACACCACAAGAAGCAUCAGAUCAAUCCAAAUCACCUGAAGCUUCUGUAAAGGAAGAGCGAGAAACAAAAGAAAGCAACACUCAUGUGCCUGAAGGAAACCGAUUGUUCGCUGCUGCCGCUGCUGCCACAGCACCAGGCGUCCACAAGCGUACCAUUUAUAGCUUCUUUUGCAAUACGGCUUUUUAUUGCUUCUUCCGAUUGUAUCAGGUUGCUUAUGAGCGGUUACUCAAGAUGAAAAAGCUUGAUGCUGAGAUGAAGGCUGAUCCAGAAAAGGGCAAAACUCUCAACAAGGUGGCUCAAGAACUUGGUCUUUAUACCACUCGUUUUGAUGAUAUUGAUCUCUCUGCUGGUUAUUACAAUGCUUUGCUGGAGCUCAUUGAUCGAUUCUUUGAUGGAGAUUUGGAUCAAGCCAUGUUUGAAGAAAAGACUCGCUAUCUUUUUGUCACCGAGGCACACGUGCUUUUUACAAUUGACAAGCUCGUUCAUUCUAUCAUCAAACAAAUCCAGCUGGUCUCGGCUGAUGACAAGUGCGUUGAGCUGGUAGAACUUUUCCGCAGCGAUCAAAUGCUGGACUCUACUUGCCCCCGGAUCGUAUCGGUUUAUCGUCUACGUGCAGAGGAGAUUGUAGGAUCGGAGGAGAAUCUCUACAAAGCCAAGUUUAAUACCGAUACGCAUGAAAUGACGAUCCAAUUACUGGACAAGGACGAUGAUAUGCUUGAACCCAGUCAACAAGAUCACUAUGAAAAUUACGUCGCUAGCUAUAUGGAUUGGGCCAAUUCAACAGACGGCAUUGAUGCAUCCAAGAUGCAAUCUAGUUUCCUUCGAAGGAAUUGGAAACCACAUGACAGGCAUUUAAACAAGAUAUUUGUCCGCUCACGGUUACAGUACAAGAUAUCACAAGAGAACUACCACAUGUAUUAUAUCAUCGGGUCAGAGGACGUCUUUGUACGGCCAUCGAUCACUCCUUCACAAGACUCAAGCAAUGAACGCACCAAGAAAUGGCACAAUUGGCUUGAAUCAAGGACAACAGGCUGGUCAAGAAACAUUGAAGCGGACGAGGAUUGCAACACAAUGGAAACCGAAGCUCGCAAACGACUAGCCGAGUAA